UCAAUCCCCCUCCUUCCUCGAAUCUUCGCUUCCCCCCCCCCCCACCCUUCUCGCCGCGCCACCGCCUCUACAAAUCCACUAAACCCCCUCCUCCGCCUCGCCGCCGCCAUGGGCUCGUCGGCGGCCGACUCGUUCCCCGCUUGUGGAGAUGAUGCAAUCCGAGACGUGUACGGCAUCGGUGGUGGUGGGGAGGAGGACGAUCCGUCCCUCUUCCUCUACCUCUCCGACCUCGCCCCCGUCUCCCCCUCCGCCUACCUCGACCUCCCCCCCUCGCCGCCGCCGCCGACGACGACGGCGACGACGAUGGUGAAGGAGGGGGAGGAGGCGCCGGAGGACCUGGUGCUGCCGUUCAUCUCGAGGAUGCUGAUGGAGGAGGACAUCGACGACAAGUUCUUCUACGACUACCCCGACAACCCGGCGCUGCUCCAGGCGCAGCAGCCCUUCCUCGAGAUCCUCUCCGAUCCCUCCUCCAACUCCCGCUCCUCCAACUCCGACGACCCCCGCCUCUCCCCGACCUCCUCCUCCGACACCUCCGCCGCCAUCAACUCCUACGACGCCGCCGCCACCGCCACCGCCGUUGCCGCCGCCGCGGUGCCCGUGCCGCAGUACGAGAGCAUCGAGCUCGAUCCCGCCGCGUUCUUCGCCGCGGCCAACUCCGACCUCAUGAGCUCCGCCUUCCUCAAGGGGAUGGAGGAGGCGAACAAGUUCCUCCCCACCGAGAACAAGCUCAUCAUCGACCUCGAGGCCUCGUCGGAGAAUAAUUACCUCAGGGGUCUCGAGGAGGCCAAGAGGUUCCUGCCCAGCGACGACAAGCUUCAGGUUGGAUUCGCUGCGGCGGCGGCGCCUGUGGUGAGCGUGAAGAAGGAGGCGGUGGAUGUGGUGGUGGCAACCGCCUCGGGCGGCGGCGGACGAGGGCGGAAGAACCCGUACGACGACGAGGAGCUGGAGCUGGAGGGAGGGAGGAGCAGCAAGCAGACCGCGGUUCAGGGGGACGAUGUCGCGGCGCGCGCCAUGUUCGACAAGGUGAUGAUGCCCUCCCAUGAGAAUUGCACCGAGAUGAUGGAGAAGCUGAGGAUUGCCAUGAAGGAGGAGGCGGCCAAGAACGAGGCCAGCGCCGGCGGGAAGGGUGGGAACGGGAAGGUGAAGGGAGGGCGGCGGGGCGGGAGGGACGUGGUGGACCUGCGCACGCUGCUCAUCCACUGCGCGCAGGCCGUGGCCACCGACGACCGCCGGAGCGCCACCGAGCUGCUUAAGCAGAUCAAGCAGCACGCGAAACCGACCGGCGACGCGACGCAGCGCCUUGCUCAUUGCUUUGCUGAGGGCUUGCAGGCGCGGAUCGCUGGCACGGGCAGCCUGGUGCACCAGUCGCUCGUGGCUAAGCGCACCUCAGCCGUGGACAUCCUCCAAGCGUACCAGCUGUACAUGGCUGCCAUCUGCUUCAAGAAGGUGUCCUUCAUUUUCUCCAAUCAAACCAUCUACAAUGCUUCCUUGGGUAAGAAGAAGAUACACAUCGUUGAUUACGGUAUACAGUAUGGGUUCCAGUGGCCGUGCUUCCUGCGGCGGAUAUCACAAAGGGAGGGUGGGCCACCGGAGGUAAGGAUGACUGGCAUUGACCUCCCCCAGCCUGGUUUCCGGCCAACUGAGCGUAUUGAGGAGACAGGGCACCGGCUCAGUAAAUACGCCCAGGAGUUUGGGGUGCCAUUCAAGUACAAUGCCAUUGCAGCGGUUAAGAUGGAGUCAGUCCGCAAAGAGGAUCUGAACAUUGAUCCUGAUGAGGUGCUCAUUGUGAAUUGCCAGUAUCAAUUUAAGAACUUGAUGGAUGAGAGUGUUGUGAUCGACAGCCCAAGGGAUAUUGUGCUCAGCAACAUCCGGAAGAUGCAGCCUCAUGUGUUCAUCCAUGCAAUAGUGAAUGGCUCAUUCAGUGCACCAUUCUUUGUGACACGGUUCCGGGAGGCUUUGUUCUUUUACUCGGCCUUGUUCGAUGUUCUGGAUGCAACUACCCCAAGGGAAAGCGAACAGCGGCUGCUGAUUGAGCAAAACAUCUUUGGACGAGCUGCUCUGAAUGUCAUUGCGUGUGAGGGCAUAGAUCGGGUGGAGCGCCCUGAGACAUACAAGCAAUGGCAGGUGCGGAAUCAACGGGCUGGCUUCAAGCAACUGCCAUUGAAUCCAGAAAUUGUUCAGGUAGUGCGGAACAAGGUCAAGGACUGCUACCACAAGGACUUCGUGAUAGAUAUAGAUCACCAAUGGCUCUUGCAAGGAUGGAAGGGACGAAUACUCUAUGCCAUCUCAACAUGGACGCCAAAUGAUGCUCUCUCUUAUUUUUAGUUGUUUUUUUUUUUGGCAUCGCGACAAAUAUAAGAUCUAGGUAUUUCAAUAAGAUGGCUAGUGGCAGUAUGUCAUGUAUGAAGAUCGAUGGUGUUGGUGUUGGUUUGAUGGACCCAAUGACUUGAGGCUAUGAGGGAGAAUUGGUAGCCCAAGUUGUUGAAGCCAUAAGAUAACCAAGCAUGCAUGUAGAUAUCCAUGUUUUUAUGUGAUGUUAAUUAGUUGCUUCUGUUGUCAUGUUGCAGCUUAGUGCCACACUACCACUUAGAAAAUAGACUUAGGUCCUGGUCCGGAUGAUGUUCGCUGCAGCGUCACCGGUUCUUGCGAUCAAUCCAGUCAGUUGAUCCGGUUGUAAUUGACACCAGUUACUCUGUUUUUACUAGGUGCUUACUGCACUGUGGCAGACAGUAACAUUGUAAUAUGCUCAAAAUGUUGAACUGGGUUUUGGCUAGUCUUGUGCUGUUGUCAACCUGAGAACUAUCUUUUCGGCCAACUUAUUUGGUCUAUUCAUGAUCCAUGUUGCAACAGAGGGUCAAACAUUUUUGCCCA